CCACUGUCUCGCUCUGUUCUUCAUGGAGGUCAUUUUGCAGCUAGUUUGUCUGAACCAUCCUUCUAAACAAUUUUUUUUUUUUCUUUUCAACAUGUAAAUGUUAGCUUUUUGAGUAUUGCAGCACUUGUGUAUCUUUUUCUUCUUCUUUUUAAAUUAUUUUUAUUUGUUAUUAUUGUUCUUGGGAGACUUCAAUGUUCAGGGAUCUAUCCUACAACCAAGGUCUCACAGGAUCUCUUCCAGCAUCGAUUGGGAAUUUAAAGAAUCUAACAAACUUAAUCUUGGUUGGUUGUGGUUUCAAUGGUCCAAUUCCCGAUUCAAUAGGAUCUCUUUCGCAGCUGAGGUUCCUAUCCCUAAAUUCUAAUGGCUUCACUGGACGUAUUCCACCGUCCAUUGGUAAACUAUCAAAUCUUGUUUGGUUAGAUCUGGCCGACAACCAGCUAGAAGGACCAAUUCCAGUUUCAAAUGUAUCUACACCAGGGCUUGACAUGUUGAUUCAUACCCAACACUUCCAUUUCGGAAAGAAUAAACUCUCUGGCCAAAUUCCAUUUCAACUUUUCAGCUCAGAUAUGACUCUUAUACAUUUGCUAUUUGAAAGCAACGAACUUACUGGAAGUCUUCCUUCCACCCUUGGACUUGUGCAAACUCUGGAAGUGGUACGCUUUGACAACAAUUCACUAAAUGGGCAUCUUCCUUUGAAUCUCAACAACCUUUCAAGAGUUCAAUAUUUGUUUUUGUCCAACAAUAAACUGACCGCCCCUCUGCCUGACCUUACCGGCAUGAACAGUUUGAACACCUUUUACUGCAAACUUCCCCCAUCAAAUUCUGGGCCUUUGUAUUCAACCCCCCCUUCAAAGAACUGUCUGCCUGUUUCAUGCAGUUCAGAUCAAAUUUCGAGCCCCACAUGCAAAUGUGCACAUCCAUAUACAGGAACACUACUCUUCGGAGGCAUUUCCUUCUCAGACUUUAGAACCUCAACUCCAUAUGAAAUUCUAGAGUGGCAAUUGUUGCAGUUCUUCCAGUCCCAUCAACUUCCAGUGGAUUCUGUUUCACUAAGUGAUCCAAGAAUGGAUUUAUUUGAAUAUCAUCUAUUGGACCUUGCUGUAUUUCCGUAUGGCCAAAGCAGUUUCAAUAGAACCGGAAUUUUUAUGAUUGCAUUUGUACUUAGCAACCCGACUUUCAGGGCUCCUAGAGAGCUCUUUGGACCUUAUACUUUUAUUGGUGACAAUUAUGAGCACUUUUCUGACGAACCUGCCAACUCAAAAAAAUCUAGCAUUGCCACAAAAAUAGGAGCAGCAGCUGGUGCUUCAGUGCUGUUUUUACUAUUAGUGCUCGCUGGGACUUAUGCUUAUCGUCAGAAGAAGAGAGCAGAAAGAGCAACCAAAGAGAGCAAUCCUUUUGCACACUGGGAUUCUAAGAAGAGCAGUGGUAGCAUACCUCAGUUAAAAGGAGCAAGGUGCUUCUCUUUUGAAGAGCUUACGAAAUACACAAACAAUUUUUCAGAAGCCAAUGAUAUUGGAUCGGGGAGUUAUGGAAAGGUUUAUAGAGGAACUCUACCCACAGGGGAACUUAUUGCCAUAAAACGAGCUCAGCAAGGAUCUGUGCAGGGUGGGCUCGAAUUCAAAACAGAAAUUGAGCUUCUAUCAAGAGUUCAUCAUAAAAAUGUUGUCAGUCUAUUGGGAUUUUGCUUUGAACGAGGUGAACAAAUGCUAAUAUAUGAGUAUGUUCCUAAUGGCUCUCUAAGUGACAGCCUGUCAGGGAAGUCGGGAAUCCGCAUGGACUGGACCAGGCGACUUAAAAUAGCCCUUGGUGCAGCUAGAGGUUUGGCAUAUCUUCACGAGCUUGCAAAUCCUCCCAUCAUUCAUAGGGACAUCAAGUCCUCUAACAUCUUAUUAGACGAACGCUUAAAUGCUAAAGUUGCUGAUUUUGGUCUCUCUAAACCUAUGGGUGACAGUGAAAGGGGUCAUGUUACCACUCAAGUUAAAGGUACAAUGGGUUACUUGGAUCCUGAAUAUUAUAUGACCCAGCAGUUGACUGAGAAGAGUGAUGUUUAUAGCUUUGGAGUGCUGAUGUUGGAGAUAGUAACUGCAAGAAAACCAAUAGAGCGAGGGAAAUAUAUUGUAAAAGAGGUGAGACUAGCAAUGGAUAAAACAAAAAGUUUAUAUAAUCUCCAAGAGAUUCUUGACGCAUCCAUUGGCUUCGUUGCAACACCCAAAGGCUUGGAAAUGGUCGUGGACCUAGCAAUGAGUUGUGUAGAAGAAUCAGGAGCUGACAGGCCUACAAUGGGUGAAGUGGUAAAAGAGAUUGAAAACAUUAUGCAGCUCGCUGGCAUGAAUCCCAAUGUUGAAUCAGCAUCUAGUUCAGCAACUUAUGAGGAAGCAACUAAGGGAGGUUCACUCCAUCCAUACAGUGAUGACUCUUCUGCUUAUAGUGGGGCCUUCCCAGCUCCAAGAUAGAGCCCCAGUGAGAGUUAUUUUGCUACU